GCCUACGUCGACACGAACCUGGUGUCCACCGGCAAGAUCGCGCGCGCGGCGAUCCUCGGCCUGCAGGGCGGCGUGUGGGCGAAGAGUGCGGGGUAUGAGGUGAGUUGGGGGUUUGGGGUUGGGGUUUAUUAUAUCACUUUCUACGCCGGAGGCGUAAUCAUUUUUUUUGGGGGGCUUGGAUGGGGGUUGAGGGGGUUUUGGUGCCCCCUGGCGGGGGCAGGGGGGGAGGGGGGGGGAGGGAGUGUGUGGGGUCGGGGGGGGGGGGGUUGGUGA